AUGCAUUGGCGGAACCUACUGGGAGAACGUGUGCCGAAACUAGCAUUUCUGCGUUCUGUUCAGAUUUGUUUUCCAACCGUUUUAGUUCUGAUCAUCACACUUGGCCUUGCCACUGGAGGACUUUCAACGAGAAUUUGUCCCCUGGUACAUCCGGCCAACAAAACCAUCCACCUUUCGCAUCCAACUGAUUGUCGUCGGUUUCUCACCUGCGUGCACGGAACUCCGGUGGCGCAGCACUGCCCGCCGGGAUUGAUUUGGAACGCAGAAACAACCUGUUGUGAUUGGCCAUGGUUGACGGAGUGCUCCCAUGAUGACCACUGUAUACCGCUUCCCUUCGAUACGGAUUCGGUUGCCGCGGGACUCUGUAUGCCCCAGUUAGAUCACUGUCCCACAAUUACGCGACCGGAAAAUCAGUUGGUAUUUCUGAAGGACGAAGACUGCCGACGGUUCCAUAUCUGUAUCGCGGGAAAACCGAAAAGUAUGCUCUGUCCACGUGACAUGUACUGGAACAGUGAAAAGUGUGUAUGUGAUGAAGUUCCCGACAGCGAUUGUUCUCCGGUCGGACACAGGGUCGAACAGUCGUCGACGACGACGCUGGCACCAUGCGAAGAACCCGUGCCAGUGACUUCCGGUUCCGGAACUAAAGGUUCCGGUAGCACCGGAAGUGAAUUUUCGAUUCCACAGAAUCACGACCCACGACUUGUUGUUAGCUUGUUGUUUCCCAAAUGCAACCUCGGCAUUAUCAGCAUCAGCGCACCGGAGUCGGAGUAA